CUACUACUACUACUUUUUCUCUUAUUUUCUCAUCCAAUACAGUAAUGGAUAAUUACUUGUCUCCAAAUACAACUCUAUUUUGUCCAUCUAUCAUUUCAUUAGAACAUGCUUCAGCUGAAUUAGAAAAAUUAUACAAGAAUGCUAAAGAAGAGAUUGACUACGCUAUUGAAUCUCAAGGAUCCAUUUAUUAUGAGGGAGACAGAACGACUGCGUUUACUGCGGUAGAAAUAUGCGAACAGAAAUAUAAAACAGUGAUGCAAGUCUUUGGUGAAUCUACUCAUGGUAUUAAAUUUAAGUUUUGUUGGGAACUUGAUCUACAUCAAUUACGACUUCAAUUAAGUCUUUUACCUGAAGUAACACAUUCUAUAUAUCAAUAAAUGAUGGUCUAUCUUCUCAUUCACUUGCAUAUAUUUAUAUAUAUAUUUAUAUAUAAUAUCUCCAAUCCUUGCAUUUCCUUUCUUUUCUUUUUUUUUUCUUUUUGUAUAAAUGACAUACCCAUCCAUUGUUACUCUUUCUUUUUUUU